GAGUGGCGUUCGUAGUAACAUUUCCUCAGAACGUAAACAAACAAGGGAAGCUGGCUUGGAAAUUCUCGCAGUUUGACUAUUUCUUGCUUGCCUUUUAGACCGGAUCGUUCUUUGAACGUUAAGCUAAUUCGAUGAUGGAGGUAAUUGUAGCAAACGUGGACAAGAUAACCUUCGAUAUAGAGACACAGCUGGAGGAGCAAGUGGGGGCACAAAUGCUGCCCUUCCCUGGCAUGGACAAAUCAAUAGCUGCAGUGUGCACAUUUUACAUGCGUGGGAACUGCAGCAAAAGUGUCAACUGUCCCUUCCGUCAUGUCCGCGGAGACAGGACUGUGGUUUGCAAGCAUUGGCUUCGUGGAUUGUGCAAAAAGGGUGACCAGUGUGAAUUUCUCCACGAGUAUGAUAUGUCAAAAAUGCCAGAAUGCUACUUCUACUCUCGUUUCAAUGCCUGUCACAAUAAGGAGUGUCCUUUCCUACACAUAAACCCAGAUAUGAAAAUGAAAGACUGUCCGUGGUAUGAUAGAGGAUUUUGCCGUCAUGGUCCUCAGUGUCGCAAUCGUCAUGUACGACGAGUCCUCUGCAUGAAUUAUUUCUCGGGCUUCUGUCCAGAUGGAUCAGGUUGCAAAUUUAUGCACCCAAGAUUUGAGUUGCCACAGAUAAUGGAAGACAAACAAUUGCCUCAUAAAAAACAGGGGAUCACUUGUCAUUACUGUGGAGAAGCUGGACACAAAGCAUCACACUGCUACAAAGCUAAUCCAGAACUAAGGGAGCAAAAUGCAAUCAUUAGUUUGGCUUCAGGUGGGCCAAGGAACCAACCAGGCAAAGAAAAUUCAGGCCCGCCCCCAAUGCACCAAAUGGAUAACAAUCGUUUGGAUAAUGUCAUUUGCUUCAAGUGUGGUCAGCAAGGACACUUCGCUAACAGAUGUUCUAAGGGCCAGUUUGCUUUCCUUAGUUCCAGUAAUUAGACAUGCUUGAGUGAUCUUUCAAACAAGAUUGUUUUAUAGUAAUAGUUUUUAUUACAGUUUUGAUGACAAAAUUAUAAUUUAAUAUCAACAUAAUAUACAAAAGACUGAAUGUGUUUUGAAUGUGAAGGACUGAAUGAAUAAGAGAAAUACAAACUUG